GUUAUCAUGUUGCACCGUCCUUCACUACAAGACGUACCGGUUUAUGUUUUGGCUCACAGAUGUCUGAUAUGAGCAGAUGGAAGAGGCUACGGGUGGAGCCAUCAUGAGGUUCUCACUCUAGAGGGUCUGAACAGCGCAAACAUGCUGUCAGGACUUGUUGCUGCUUCCUGCCACUCUCUGAAGUGGACACCGUCUCACUUGAAAGCCACUCUUCACAGAACAUAUAGCCCAUCAAAGCCAGGGCAAUGGCUACUGGGAACUGUGGUUCAAAGAGGGGCUCAUAGAUGGGCUACAGCACCAUCAUCAAGAAUAAACCAGAAGCCAGUGUUUACCAGAGCUCGAGCAUUUGGAGAUAAGCUUGCUAUCAUAGACAGCAGUGGCAGCCACAGCUAUAAGCAACUGUAUUGCAGCAGCUUAGGUCUUGCAGGUAGAAUCAGUGCUGCUCUCAACUCUGACUUUGGGGAUCUGGAAGGAAAACGAAUCUCUUUCCUGUGUGCUAAUGAUGCUUCCUAUACAGUGGCACAGUGGGCAGCUUGGAUGAGUGGUGGGACAGCGGUGCCACUCUACCAAAAACACCCUGAAUCUGAGCUGGAGUACAUCAUCUCUGACUCCCAGAGUUCACUGCUGGUGGCAGGGCAUCCCUAUGCUGAAACACUUGAGCCACUUGCUCAGAGGCUGGGGCUGCCAUGCCUGACUCUGCCCCCUACGUCUAACCUGGGCACCUCAGAUGGGGCAGACAUCCAAGAGAAGGAGACAGGAGACGACACAGACUGGGCUGAUCGACCGGCUAUGAUCAUCUACACCAGUGGUACCACAGGGAGACCCAAGGGAGUUCUACAUACACACUGCAGCAUCCAAGCCAUGGUCCAGUGUCUGGUUUCACAGUGGGCGUGGUCCAAAGAUGACGUCAUCCUCCACAUUUUGCCGCUCCACCACGUGCAUGGCAUUGUUAACAAGCUACUGUGCCCACUCUGGGUCGGCGCCACCUGCGUUAUGCUGCCUGAAUUCCAGCCUCAGAAGGUGUGGCAGAUGAUGUUGAGCUCCAAGGCUCCCCUGGUUAAUGUGUUCAUGGCUGUGCCAACUAUCUACUCUAAGCUGAUCCAGUACUAUGAUCAGCACUUCACACAGCCUCACGUCAAGGACUUUGUCAAAGCGAUCUGCAAAGAGAGGAUCAGGCUGAUGGUUUCGGGCUCGGCCGCUCUCCCUCUUCCCACUCUGCAGCGCUGGGAGGAAAUUACAGGACACACACUGCUGGAACGCUACGGCAUGACAGAGAUCGGCAUGGCACUGUCCAACCCUCUCAAGGGCCCACGCAUCCCAGGGGCUGUGGGGUUACCACUUCCCAGUGUGGAUGUUCAGAUUGUUAUGAAUAACACGAUCAACACCACCAUUGUGGUGGGCAAUCACCGCGAGACUCAGGUACGUCCAGGUCUGGAGGGGAAAGAAGGAGAGCUCCUAGUAAGAGGUCCGUCAGUCUUUAAAGAGUACUGGAACAAACCUCAAGAGACCAAAGCAUCUUUCACUGAUGACGGCUGGUUCAAAACAGGAGACACAGCGGCAUAUAAAGACGGUGUGUAUUGGAUUAUGGGCCGCACCAGUGUUGACAUCAUCAAGAGUGGUGGCUACAAGAUCAGCGCACUCGAGGUGGAGCGUCACCUACUGGCUCAUCCAGACAUCAUAGAUGUGGCUGUGAUUGGGGUCUCAGAUGCCACUUGGGGUCAGAAAGUCAUUGCAGUGGUGCAGCUGAAGAACGGCCGGAGUAUGACCCUGCCAGAGAUGAAGACCUGGGCAAGGGAGCACAUGGCACCCUACAUCAUCCCCGCAGGCCUGGUGCUGGUGGACGAGAUGCCAAGGAAUCAGAUGGGCAAGGUCAACAAGAAGGACCUCCUGCGACUCUUCUUCCCAUGACCGAACCACCUUGACAACAUACAGGUUCUUGGUGAAGAACUGCAGAUGCACGCCACUUCCCGACUGCCGUCUGCUCCAUAGAUCAGACGCACAUCACAGACAAGUGUACAGAGGAAAUACUAAGUAAUGGAAAACACCUCAUGGAAAAUGACUUAACCUCUGAGAUAACUUAAUCACACUUACGAACACUGCUACAAAGGUAAUUCUAUUACAUUGAAUGCCAAUUAUUUCAAGUAUUGUUUAUCAGGUCUGGAAAUCAUCACUUUUAAUAAGUAAUUUAUUGAAGCAGUAUGAAACAGAACUUUACAAAAUGCGUGCCCAAAUUGCAACUGAGUUUCUAAAAAAAAAUUUAUAUCUUAGACGUCAAGUACUGUUUAUUGUUGUACAAGCUAAUGUGACCCACUUUUGUAGGGUUUGCACGUGUAGUGGUGUCAUUAGUACAUACUGUAUGGAUUCUAAGCAGGUUAAGAGUGAGGUAUGUUGCAGUUAUGAGUUAUUGUAUACUAAAGCCAAAAACAGUACAAACUUUAUACAAUUAGUCUAUAGAACUGGGACUAAAUGUGUGUUAUAGUUACUUCAAAGUCAAUAUCCCUGUUUAUGAACCGUCUUCACGCAGAAGAACUACGGGAUCUAUUGUUCAAUCUGCUUUAUUGAGAUGGCAACAGCUAGUUUAGUCUGAUUUUAAUGAAUAAUUGCGUGUAUUAUUUAUCUGUUUCACAAAAACAUACUUAAACACAGCUAUACCUAUUGGUGAAGAGUGUUUCAAAUACUCUGAUUGGUUAGUUCUGAUGUUGUAUUUGUGAAUAUGCUUUCAGAUCAGAGAAUACUGAAUGACUUUUGAUGGUAGAGUGGUGUGAUAUCUUGAAUCAGGGUUAAUUAAAACCGCACAAA